AUCUGGGAUGAUGAAAGUCUUGGACCUAGAUAGUGGUGAUGGUUGCAUGACACUGAAGGUUUUCAAUACCACUGAAUUGUAUGCUUUAAAAUAGUUAAAACUUUUAUUUUUAUUAUAGUAGAAUAUACAUAAAAGACUUGAAUAUUUAAAGUUUGCUUUAUCUACAAUAAUGUUUCAUCUAGGAAGUACAAAUAAUCCUAUGGUCAAGCUUUCACCCAUAGGUAUUUUACAAAGUGCACACAAGUGCAAAGAAUAGAUAACCCUAAGUCAGGAAAGGCAGACGGGGACUUGGAAGUAGGAAAAGUCAGGUAGAUAAAUACUGUAUUACAGUCAUACAUUUGGUGUCUGGUAGAGUGUAAGAUGAUUUGCCUCUUCUUGGUAUUCCUCAUUUCUGGUCCUUUACAAAGUGUAUUUUCCAGUUGAGUAUAAUUGGCACCCCAACUUUCUCCCAUUAUGUAUUACUACAGGUGAAGACGAGAGAGAGAGAGAAGCACGAUGGAGAAAUUUUCUAUCUGGGAGAACACAUUUUAGCCAGGAGAUGGUGAUGACUUUCACUACAGUAUCACUCAGAGAAGCCAAAAGUUCAUAACAUUCUUGAAUCCCCAAAUAUCCACACAGCUAAUGCCACUUACGGUCGUGCUGCAUGGUCCUGCAGGUGUUGGGAAAACAACACUGGCCAAAAAGUGGAUGGUGGAUUGGACACAGGACAACCACGCAAAGACAUUCAAUUCCACCUUCUAUCUCAGCUGCAAGGAACUCAACCACAAGGGGGAGUGCUCUUUUGCAGACCUGCUAUCUAAGAACUGGCCAGAUUUGCAGGAUGCCGUUCCAGAGAUCCUCACCCAAGCUCAGAAAAUCCUGUUCAUCAUCGAUGGUUUCGAGGAGCUGAGAGUCCCCUCGGAGGCACUCAUCCAUGACAUGUGUUGUGACUGGCAGAAGCAGAAGCCAGUGCCUGUCCUCCUGGGGAGUUUGCUGAAGAGAAAAAUGUUACCCAAGGCCACUUUGCUGAUCACCACUCGACCUGGGGCUCUGAGAGAGCUUGGGCUCUUGGUUGAACAGCCAUUCUUCAUAGAAAUAGAGGGGUUCUUAGAGCUGGAUAGGAAAGCGUAUUUCCUGAAACACUUUGAAGAGGAGGCCCAAGCACUGAGAGCUUUUGACUUGAUGAAGAGCAAUGCAGCUUUAUUCCACCUGGGCUCAGCUCCUGCUGUGUGCUGGAUCGUCUGCACCUGUAUGAAACUGCAGAUGGAGAAGGGAGAAGACCCCGCCCCAACUUGCCAAACCAUCACAUCACUGUUCCUGCAUUUCCUCUGCAGCCAGUUCACAUCACCUCCUGGCAGCUGCCCCGGUCCAUUCCUCCAAGUUCCAGUGACAGCUCUGUGUCUCCUGGCUGCUGAGGGCAUAUGGACACAGACAUCUAUGUUUGAUGGAGAAGACCUUGAGAGACUUGGGGUAAAGGAGUCUGACUUCCAUCCUUUCCUGGACAAGAAUAUCCUCCAGAAGGGCAAAGACUGCGAGGGCUGCUACUCCUUCAUCCACCUCAGCGUCCAGCAGUUUCUUGCUGCCUUGUUCUAUGUUCUGGAGAGAGAGGAGGAAGAAGAUGGGGAUAGCUGCAGGUGGGACAUUGGGGGUGUGCAGAAGCUGCUCUCCAAGGAAGAAAGACUCAAGAACCCCAGCCUGACCCACGUGGGGUAUUUCUUAUUUGGCCUCUUGAACGAAAAGAGAGCCGGGGAGCUCGAGACAACUUUUGGCUGUCAAGUGUCGAGGAAGGUCAAGCAAGAAUUACUGGAAUUCAGGGUAAAGUCCAAUAAAAAUAAACGCUUGUCCUCAGUGACAGACAUGAAGGAGGUUUUGUACUGUCUUUAUGAAUCUCAGGAGGAGCAGCUUGUGAAGAAUGCAAUGAGCUAUGUCAAAGAAAUCUCUAUUCACUUGACAAAUACAUUUGAAAUGAUGCAGUCUUCUUUCUGCCUUAAACAUUGUGAAAACUUACAGAAAAUUUCACUGCAGGUAGAAAAGGGGAUAUUCCUGGAGAAUGAUACUGAAUCAGAAUUGGAUGCUCAGGUUGAGAGGUCACAGUGCGACCAUCGCUCUCUCCCUCUCUGGACAGAUCUCUGCUCUGUGUUCAGUUCAAACAAGAACCUGAGCUUUCUGGAUGUGAGUCAGAGCUUCCUGAGUCAUUCCUCAGUGAGGAUUCUUUGUGAGCAGAUAACCCGUGUCACCUGUCACCUCCAGAAAGUGGUGAUUAAAAACAUCUCCCCUUCUGAUGCUUAUCGAGACUUGUGUCUGGCUUUCAUUGGUAAGAAGACUCUGACACACCUGAUCCUGGAAGGUGAUGUCCACACUGAUAAGAUGCUGCUGCUGCUGUUGUGUGAGAUGCUGAAACACUCAAGAUGUAACCUACAGUAUCUGAGGUUGGGAUCUUGUUGUGAUGCAGCUCAGAAGUGGGAUGAUUCCUCCUUGGCCCUUGGAAUCAACCAGUCCCUGAGAUGCCUGGACCUCACAGCCAGUGAGCUCCUAGAUGAGGGUGUCAAAUUGCUGUGUACGACUCUGAGACACCCAAAGUGUUUCCUGCAGAAGUUGUCGUUGGAAAACUGUCAUCUUACUGAAGCCUGUUGUAAGGAGCUGUCUUCUACUUUGAUUGUCAACCAGAGGCUGACAUACCUGUGCUUGGCCAACAACAAACUUGGGGAUGGUGGGGUGAAACUUCUAUGUGAGGGCUUGAGUUACCCUGAAUGUCAACUACAGACCCUGGUGUUGUGGCAUUGCAACAUCACCAGACGUGGCUGCAAACUUAUCUCAAAGCUUCUCCAAGGAGACUCCAGCCUAACAAACCUGGACCUGGGUCUCAAUCCCAUAGCCACUGGAUUAUGGUUUCUUUGUGAGGCUUUGAAGAAGCCAAAUUGUAACCUAAAAUACCUGGGGCUCUGGGGCUGUUCCAUCACUCCUUCCUGUUGUCAGGGCCUUGCAUCUGCUCUCAUCAGCAAUCAGAGGCUGGAAACACUGGACCUGGGCCAGAAUGUCUUGGGGAAGAAUGGAAUAAUGAUGCUCUUUGAGGCUUUGAAACAGAAUGAUGGCCCCUUAAAGACACUCAGGUUGAAGGUUGAUGAAUCUAGUGUGGAAGUACAGAAGCUGUUGAAAGAUGUGAAGGACAGCAAUCCAAAAUUGACGAUUGAAUGUAAUAAUGCCAGAACAACCAGAUCCUCAUGUUGUGACUUCUUCUCCUGAGCGCCCUGACAUGAUUCUCUAGUAAUUAUAUCUCACAAAGGGGGCAAUCUGAUUUCUCUAAGAUGUCUCAUUUAUGAAGAACAGAGGGCCAAAUGUUAAUUCCUGGGUCAAAAUGUAGAAUUUAGCUCUGGCUUUCACUCUUUGGUUUCUAGUAAAUUCUGUACAAGUCACAUACACACUUUGUUAUGUUUUAUCUUUCACAAGGAUAUAAGGAUAAUAAAAGGUAAAGCACUUUGUUUGAAGCUGCGCUUAUUAAUAUGCCCAAGAGCCAACUCAAAGUAAACUAUAUGCUUGACAUACUUAGCCUAGGAAAGAAUGUUAAAGUUCAUAGAUGGUUAUGUUGAUUUCUUCUUUCUUUCUGCCAUAGCUCAGGUAUUUCUUGGCCUGACAUAGUAGUUGCCUGAUGAGUCAACUUGAUCAUUAUGGUUUGUAGCUUCCUUAAUCUAUUUUAUGAUAUUCUAACACGAGUUGAUAAUUUCCUUUCUGUAAAGGGCCAGAUAGCUAAUAUUCUAGGUUUUGUAGGCUAUGUGGUCUCUGUCACAACCACUCAACUUUGCCAUUGUAGUAUGAAAACAGCC